AGAAAGGUUUAGACAGGGUGGAGCUUAGGUCUUGGAUGGAAAAUGCGCCGAGAAACAUUCCUGGCAUAGUUUGGGAACAGUUCAGCAGGCAGCCCAGGGACGACGUCAGCUUCCCACUACGGUAUAAAAGUCCGGAGGUGGCCGGACCUCAGCAGACUGCAACCGCUUCACCAAGAGCUUCACCCUACUCCUCAAGGAGCCUCUAACACCGGAGACUACCCAGAGACAGACGGCCGAGGGAGGGAAUAACCUAAGGACUCCUCCGAAGACACACUUUAUCCACUUUUCUUUUGGGAUUCCUCUGGAAACACUUUUUGAUUUUAUCCAAGAUGCUGAUGCUCACUGUUGUCGUUGCCCUUUUCGGGAGCCUGGACCUGGUCCUCUCCUCCUCCUCCUGCCCCUCCGUGUGCGAGUGUCCGCUGGAGAUGCCCAAGUGCGCACCGGGCGUGAGCGUCGUCCUGGACGGCUGCGGCUGCUGCAAAGUGUGCGCCAGGCAGCUGAACGAGGACUGCAGCCUGACCGAGCCCUGCGACCACACCAAAGGGCUGGAGUGUAACUUUGGGGCCAGCUUUGCCGCUGCUACCACUCGUGGCAUCUGCCGAGCCAAGUCAGAGGGCAGACCGUGCGAGUACAAUAGCAGGAUCUACCAGAACGGAGAGAGUUUCCAGCCCAACUGUAAACACCAGUGCACAUGCAUCGACGGGGCGGUGGGAUGUGUCCCGCUGUGCCCUCAGGAGCUCUCCCUGCCCAACCUGGGCUGUGCCAACCCCAGGCUGGUCAAGGUGCCAGGCCAGUGCUGCGAGGAGUGGGUGUGCGACGAUGGCAAGGACACAGACAUCCUGGAGAGGAUCUUUGGAAAAGACACAAUGACUGAUGAACUGGAACGAGACCUCACCAACAGGAAUGAGCUCAUUCCAAGUGUCAGGGGAAGACUCAUCUUGAAGAAUCAACCUGCAUUCAGACCUCAGGCUGAAGUCCACAUGUUUGACACCCAGAAGUGCAUCGUCCAAACCACAGCCUGGUCCCAGUGCUCCAAGAGCUGUGGGACUGGCAUCUCCACCAGAGUCACCAACAACAACAACGAAUGCAAGCUGGUCAAGGAGACGAGAAUCUGUGAAGUGCGGCCAUGCACCCAGUCACUUUACUCCAGUCUUAAGAAAGGAAAGAAGUGCAGCCGAACCAAGAAGUCCAGUCAGCCCACGAAGUUCACCUACGCCGGCUGCUCCAGCCUGAAGAAGUACAGGCCCAAGUACUGCGGCGCCUGCGUGGACGGCCGCUGCUGCAGCCCUCACAAGACCGACACCAUCCGGGUCAAGUUCCGCUGCGAGGACGGCGAGACCUUCAACAAGAACAUCAUGAUGAUCGAGUCGUGCAAGUGCAACUACAACUGUCCUCACGCCAACGAGGCGUCCUACCCCUUCUACCGCCUCUCCAAUGACAUCCACAAGUUCAGAGACUGAUCUGAGAACAGGGCGAAAAACGAACUCCUCCACAAAGAGAAAGAGACGAUCGGCAUCCAGAUGAAUGCCGGGGUGUAAAUAGAUCCACCAAUCAACUACCAGCUUCUUGUUGUAACUAGAUUCCCAAGGAAUUGUGGGCUUGCAUCAUGAGGACUUAAUGAAGUGCACUGUUUGCUGUGACUACAUCAGCAUUCUUAUUAAGAACUGCUUCAUAUUAAUGGAGCAUCUGAAGUAGCUUCGUUAUGGAGCAAGAUGUAAUUAAUAUUUGUACAUUUGAGUUAGUUGCUGAUAUCAAUUUCACUGUGUAUAUUUUGAUCCUUUACAUCAGACAUGAACCCCCCCGACUGUAGACUUGUGUGUGCAUAUGUGGAUAUGCACAUGCGCAACUUCAAUUAGCAAACCAUCCUGUAUCCCAAGAGCAAGACACCGAGAUGUAACCCCCCCCGACUUGUUUGACGAGUGUGCGGUUCCAUUCCCUCCUGACGUGGGCAUUAUUGUUCAUGUUUUGUGGCAGCUAUUGAACUCCCUUCACGAGAAAAAAAGAAAGAGACAAAGCGAAACAUGUCAAAGGAUGAAUGAAUGUUUUUAUUAUUGUUAUUAAUAUUAUUUAUCGAAAAAAAUGUAGCUACUUUAUUUGGAUAUUAUGUGUCAUACUGGAAUAAAUUGUAAAGUGAUUUAAUUUUAUAUGCUAUAAAUAAAAAAACUGAUUUAUUUAUGAAAUA